AUGAGGGGCAUUCUGGCCACACGAUCUGUAGGGCCUUGGUUCACGCCAAAAGUGAAGAGGUGGCUGCACUCUUCCACGGGGAUAGCUUCUGGACGUUCGAUUGUUAUGCGAUCCACUAGAAUGGCCCGCGCAAGCACGUGUGGCGGCGACAAGGCGGAGCUGAAGAAAGGGUCGUGGACGGCGGAGGAGGACGAGCUGCUCGUGAAGUGCAUCGCGGAACACGGCGACGGCAACUGGAGCGCCAUUCCCAGGAAAGCCGGGUUGCAGCGGUGCGGCAAGAGCUGUCGCCUGCGAUGGACCAACUACCUGCGGCCCGACCUGAAGCGAGGCGCGUUCACGCGCGACGAGGAAGAUCUCGUCGUGCGGCUGCACCGUCAGAUGGGCAACCGUUGGGCGAAGAUCGCGCUCGAGAUGCCGGGGCGCACGGACAACGACAUUAAGAACCACUGGAACACGCGAUUAAAGCGGCGACUGAGGGACCUCGGCGUCGACCCCGACUCGCACCUCCCGCUGCCCUCCGCGCCGCCCCUGCUCGCCCCAUCCAGCCUCCUCGCCGCCGCUCUGGGGGAGGAUCCGCGGAAGGGAGUCUCCGCGGGGCCUGCUCCGCUGGCGGUGGCAGCGGCGCAAAGCGCGGAUGACUCUCUGUCAAAACGUCGUCGAGUGGAUGAGGCGACGCACGACGCUGGUUUCGCAUCACCCACUGGUUCCUCGUCCCAGCUCCUCCCUCCCCUCCACGCCCCCGCCGCUCCCCGUCCCGCUCCCCGGCCUGCACCUCCCGGUGGGCCUCCCUCCCCGUGCAGCCUCCCCCCUUCCGCCGUCACUUCGCCUUUUGCACCAGCGGGAGAAGCGUCCCCCAGGACUCCCUCCGCCGACGACGAUAGUCCUUCCGCCUCUUCCGCUUCCCCCUGUGACAGCCUUUCCGCCCACUUCUCGCCCAGCUCUCCACUGCCUUCUGAGCCCAUUGCGCCUGCUCCCUUGACGGUGUCCGCGCGCACAGCGCCGGCGGUACUGGCAGAAGCGGAAGAAAAAUGGCGCACUCCGCGCCCAGGUCGCACAUGGCGGGAGGGGCCUUGCGCUGACGGGGAAGAUCAAGCUGGUGCCUGCAGAGGCGCGGGACGGGCGGGGUGCGGGCGGAACGAAGAGAGAGGGGAGAUGUGCGCAGGGAUGGGGCAAGGGGGCGAGGAGGAGUUCGGUAGCAUCGACGCAACCGCCAGAGUCUCCACAAGCGUCACGCACAGUCAGCCCAGCAACAUGGCAAUGCCCCCCCCUGCGUGCAUAGAAGCUGGCCUGACUAGGUCACAGCCAAGCACUCAGGCUGCGUUGACAAGGCUCACUGCGGUGCCUGGCAGUGCAGGGCGAGUGAGAGCAGGGUUCAGAAUCCCCCCUCGCCUCGUCAUCCCGUGCCUUCCCGGGGACACUGAAGCAGAUGCUACUGUCAGUGCUGCACCUGGGAUGGACGUUCCUGCAGGUCUGGGUACGAAUGGAGAGAGCAACCUGGCAGGCACGACGGCUGAUGCGACCAUGGCUUCUGAGAAAUUGCCCAGCCCUCUCGCGCUCAUUAACAGCAUGUGGGAAGGUACUGAUCCCACCAACCUCUGGUCAGCUGACUCCUCUCUAGACGAAUCGCCUCUCGUCCUCCCCAGUCCUAAAUUGAUCCCGUUCACUCCGUCCAGCCUUCUCACACCCACUAACAAAUUGACACUGUCCUCGGGAGCAACAAUGACGCCUGCACCAGCUGCGGGGGCUCAUACAGCCAUUGGAGAACUCACAGCAUUUGAUACGACACCGCAGCCAUUAGGGAACUGCCACAUGGCAGCUUUGGGUAGGUGCCGGCUUGACAGGAUUGUCUAUGAAGAUAACAGAUCUGCAGGGACUUCCGGUGCCCAAGUUCCGAUUGCGAUGAUAUCGCCUUGUGAUCCUGGUGAAGACAGUGUGCAGGUAACAGGAGCAGGGACGUCACUAUUUGAUGCAUACGAUGUAGGCACGCCACAAGGUGUGCUUCCUUCCCCGCAUGGAGCUAGUUUUGCCGGAAGCUUAGUGCGGCAGCUGGAGGAGGGUUUGCGCGGGUCAUGGCACCCGGCGGUGGUGGUGGGCGUGGAAGACGGCUGGCGCGUCGUGCAGUACCAGGAGCUUAUCACAGACGACCUCUCCGAGCCGCUCGUCGAAGCCAUUCCUCUCGCGUCGUACUUCACCUCGGAAACUCCGCGCCUCGCUCCACCACCCGAUUCUCCGUGGAAAUCCCUAAUCGAGUCGGCGAUGGCGAAAUUCGCGAAGCUGGUAACGGCGGACGGGGCGAACGGCGGCGCGGUGAAGCCGGUGCUGCGGCCGCGCCCGCCGCAGGAGCACGUGCCGUCGUACCGGCGGUGGCGCGCGGGCGCGCCGGUGGACAUGCUAUGCAACGACGCGUGGUGGGAGGGGUACCUCCUCGCGGACGUCGUUCGCGUGGGCAAGCGCACGGAAGUUCCCGUGGAGUUCCCCGACGAAGCGACGUCCGAAUCGGUUUCGAUCGGUUUGUUGCGGUUCGGGCAGGAUUGGGACGAGCGCACGGGCGAGUGGCGGCCGCGGAAGGUGGAGGGGGCUGCAGGGAGGAUUGCGGGCGGAAGCGGAAGCGCGGAUUGUGAGAACGGCAUAGCGAGCCUUAGCUUGAAGCCGCGCGGGGAUGGUAGAGGGGUUGAGAACGGCAGCGCGGACGUUCCCCCCGCGCGCAGGGCUCCCGCGCACAAGAAGCACUCCAUAGCGAAGGUUUACCCGCCGGGGAGGGAUCUAGCGCGGCUGAUAGACCAAGGGCUGGUGAGGGACGGGGAGGCAGUGGAAUAUAGGGACAUGCGGGAGCGGCGCGCGCUCAAGACGGGGCGGCUAUCGCGGCAGGGCGUGACGUGCGACUGUUGUGGGCGCAUGUUCAACCUCUCGGGGUUUGAGGCGCACACAGGGGUGACGUAUAGGCGCCCCGCGGCGAAUAUGUUUCUGGAGGACGGGCGCACGCUGGCGGUGUGUAAGAUGGAGGCGGAGAGGAGUGCGUAUGGGGUCGGCGCAGGCGCAGGCGCGCUGCCAGGGGGCAACUGGUUCUGUCCGGCGUGCCGGUGCUCCAUCUGCGGGGGCAGCCACUACGGCACACAGGGCUUUGGCGACGACACGGUCAUUUUCUGUGACCAGUGCGAACGCGAAUACCAUGUGAGUUGUCUCAGAAACAUGGGGUGGGCCGACCUCAAGGAGCUUCCCACCGGCCGUUUCUUCUGCCGCCCACAGUGCCGCACCGUAUUUUUCGGCCUGCAGCGCCUCAUAGGCAAGCCCAUCUCCCUCCCGGGCGGCUUCUCCUGGACGCUUCUGCACGCAGAGGGUCCGCGCAGUGAGGCAGGGUCAGUGACCAAGGAGGCGCGGCGGCACGACAAUCUAUUAAGAGAGCGCACGGGCGAGGUGGAGAGGAAGCUGCGGUGCGGCAUGGAGGUGAUGAGGGAGUGCUUUCAUCCCAUCAAGGACGCCUUCACUGGCGAGGACCUCGUGCCCAUCAUCGUGCACAGCAAGAGCACGAAGCAUCGGGACUACUCGGGGUUCUACACGGCAGUGCUGCAGCAGGGCAAGGAGUCCAUCACCGCCGCCAGCAUCAGGGUGUACGGCAGCGAGUUAGCAGAGAUGCCGCUGAUAGGCACGCGCUUCCGCUACCGCCGCCAGGGCAUGUGUCGGCGCCUGCUGCAGCAGAUAGAGCAGCUGCUCGCCUCCCUGGGCGUGCGCAGGUUCCUCCUGCCAGCUGUCCCCGAGGCCGAUGCCACGUGGCGCCAGGGCUUUGGCUUUGCUGACAUGUCAGCGGAGGGGCGGCGCCAGCUGCUCCAGCUGGACGUGCUCGUGUUCCCCGGGACGGCGGUUCUGGAGAAGGCGCUGCCGGUGCUGCCCCCCGCUGCCGGUGCUGCCGCCCCUGCCGCCCUGCCGCCCCUUGUGGCCGGGCCGGCGGGGCAGUGGAAGCUGGGGGCUGGAGGGAGAGGGGCGGGAGGGGCGGGUGGAGCAGCAGCAGGGGGCGCGGGGGGGGCGAGGGCGGCAGGGGCGGUGGUUGGGGGGAGAUUGGGGGGCAGGAGGGGGAUGGGGAGGGGCGGGGGGAAGCUGAUGCUGCCUGGGCGGAAGGGCGCAGGGAGGGGGCUGGGGCGAGGGGGGAAGUUCAACCUGAGGGGCAAGGCGCUGGGGGUUCAGGGGGGAGGGGUGAGAGCGAAAGAAGGGGCGGGGGAGGGGUUGGUAUUGGAGCAUAUUCACCAUCGCACGCUGCCAGUGAGCAACCUGUACAAGCAGUUGUCCUCAGCAGCAGCUGAUGAAGCCAAGCCCUUAGCGCUCGUGCCUCUGGCAGCUGAGCCUUCUAGUACCUCUGGUGUGUCUUCCCCUUCUGCACCUGCCCUGCUCAUUGCUUUGCCUGCUGCGUUGCCUGCCCCUGCCCUACCUGCUGCCGUGCCUGCCGCAUUGCAUGUCCCUGCCCUGCCUGCUGCCGUGCCUGCUGCGUUGCCUGGUGAAGCCUCAGCGGCUGUGAGCGUCCCUCUGGCACUGCCGGCUGUUCCUGCAGCAGAGGCGGGUGGUAUGGCGGAUGAAGGAGUGGGUUGGAAACGGGAGUGGGGCAAGGAGGGUCGGCGAGGGCCCAUGCUGGUGGUGAUCGCCCUUGAGGCCCCUGAACGCGUGGAGGGGCCUCUGGAUGCUGCUUACUGGGCUCGGGUGGAGGAGGAUGCGCGGCGGUGCAGAGCGGUGGAGGAGGGUGAGGGAUCGGGGGAUGUGAAGCUAGAGAGGGGAGAGGAGGGAGAGGGGGGAGACGGUGGAGAGAGGGGAGAGGGAGAAGGGGAAGAAGGGGACGAAAGGGGAGAGGAGGAAGAUGGAAGAACACCAAGUGGGCCUGGUGGGAGAGGUGCGGAUGGGGAGGACGAGGGAGGGAUGGUGGAUGCGGAAGGAGGAGCGCGGAAAGGCAGAGCUGCAGCAGAAGCAGGUGGGGCAGAGCAGCUGCUGUUAGGGGGGUUGCAUGGGGAAGGGAUGGAGCUGAGUGCGGUUCAGAGCGGUGGUGGCGCUGUGUGGAGGUCUGUGCCUGACACGCCGCCGCCUGAGCUUUCCCUGCCGCCCAUCGGGCGACGUCCUUUGGCUUUCCAGUUGCCGCCCAGUGCUUUUGAAGAUUCACCCAGUGCCACACCGUGCACACUGCAACACUUUCAGAUGACACCUGCCUCUCAGAUGACACCUGCUUCUCAGAUGACACCUGCCUCUCAGAUGACACCUGCUUCCCAGAUGACACCUUUCUUUCAGAUGACGCCUGCCUCUCAGAUGACGCCUGCCUUCCAGAUGACACCUGCCUCUCAGAUGACACCUGCCUCUCAGAUGACGCCUGCCUCACACACACCUCUUGUAAUCACGGAGCCAACUCCUGCUGUCUCUAAGCUGAUUCCCGCAGCCUCCUUGCCAGGAGUUGCUGCCUCUGUGUCGCUGCUUGAGGCAGGGUGGCACCUGAAUCAGUGGCACCUGAAGCUGUGGCACCUGAAGGUGUGGCCCCUGAAGCUGUGGCACCUGAUGCUGUGGCACCUGAUGCUGUGGCACCUGAGUCUGUGGCACCUGAAUCUGUGGCGCCUGAAUCUGUGGCACCUGAAUCUGUGGCACCUGAAUCUGUGGCACCUGAAUCUGUGGCACCUGAAUCUGUGGCACCUGAAUCUGUGGCACCUGAAGCUGUGGCACCCGAAUCUGUGGCACCUGAGCCAGCAACAAUACUAA